AUGAAAUUUAUAUUUUUCUUCUUCCCGCUUAUUUUUGCAAACAACGAAGAAAACUGCAGAAUCGCUAAUCCAGAUUGGGACUACUACAGCCAAGUAACCCAUGUUUUUGGGAUACCCAUAGUGGCAACAAGAGAGGUUCAUCCUUCAGCAAUAGCUCUGACCUGUAAAUACUUCGAAUUCCUGAUCAAAGACAAUCAAGAAAUCGUCAGGAACCUCCAACGAAGAAAUCACAAGGUGGUCAUUCUCGGCCGACGACAAGAACUCGCCCGAGAUGUUCCAGAAUACCACGGGUACGAGAAAAAGCUGCACAGUAGAGGAGUCGGCGGGACAAGACAUAACCCAGUUACAGUCAUUCCCGAAGAAAAUGUCCUUUGCCUGAAAGAAGACAAACAACCGGGAGACAUCAUCCUUCACGAAUUGGCCCAUGCAAUCCAUCUUGUCGGAACUCCAAGGGGUCUCCUUCAAAAAAUCGCCAGAAGCUACAGGCAUGCAGAGAGAUACAAUCUCUUUCUGUACAAUUACGCCGCAGAAGAUCCGCGAGAAUAUUUCGCCGUCGGGGUUCAAACGUUUCUCAACAAGUCACCAGCGGAAAAUUACGCGACAUUUGAUCAGCCGCAUCGAAGACCACUCAGAAUCACGAGAGAUCACCUCUUCCGUAACGACAGACAUCUCUACUCUUUGGUUGAAAAUGUGUUGCUUAAAAAAGAAGGCUGGAAAUUGCCGAAACGAUGCGAACUUUGGAAGAACGGAAUCAUGGACCCAAACACCUUGGUCGAUUCUUUUGAUCAGCUUUUAUAA